UGAAGCGCCAUGUCCGCCACCGAUCUUGCACGGUACCUCGAGUGCCAUGGUCUAGGGCUUGUCAGCGACAAGCAAAAGUAUCGUAAAGUAGUGGCCUUGCAGAGACUCACCAAAGGUUCAGUUGUGAUCACAUCGCGUCCAUUAUGCAACCCGAUUAUUUUUCCAACUCAUCGCCCCCAACACUGUGAGACCUGCUUUCAAACAAGGAACAGUCAAAGGAAGGUUUUAAAGAAGGCCUCAGAGUUGGGGCAGCAACAAACAGUUGAAUUGGAAAGGUGUUCUGUUUGUAAGAAACGGUACUAUUGUGAUCGAGAUUGCUUCACAAUUGCGUGGAAGGGCUGGCAUCGUUGGAUCUGUACGGACAAGGAUAUGGAGGAUUUAGAUUACGAAAUGUUGAAGAUGAUAGCCAUAUCGAUCGAGCGGCUUAGGAAUGGGGCCUACAAGGAAUCGGAGGAUGCGCACAUUUUCUCAGCUGCAUAUGAGGCAACAGCUCCCGAUGGUAUAAAAACCAAGACUACCACUGCCAUUAAGGCUGAAACAAGGCUUGACUCUGAUUCUGGAUCGGAAACCGGAACAGAAACUGAAAUAAGAGGACUAGGAUCAAGCCCACCAUCAACUUGGGAAGCUGCGGACAAGAAAGAAGAGCCUUUGGGACUGACAGCUUAUGUGUUUUCAACAUUGCUCGGCCAUGAAAGCAUAUCAGACCCAAGUCUUAUAAGCAAGUAUCGGCAGAUUGCUACAAGGGUCCGCCAACAACUAUUGGGAUCCAAGUUUGUGUUCAAGAGUGAGAUUAGUGGAGGCGAGCCACCAUCAGUGACGGAGCUAAUGCAGUAUCUAUGCCGAUUUCAUUGUAACAACUUUUCAGUUCAUGAUGCACAACUUUUCACGAUGGCAGAAGGAACUUUCCCAGUGGGCGCUUUGUUCAAUCAUUCGUGUCGACCGAACGCGACUGUAAUGUAUGAGGGUAAACUGCAGGUGGUGAGGGCUCUUGAAGAUAUUGAGACAGGUCAAGAGAUUUGUACAUCCUAUGUUGAUAAUGGAGUCCAGCGUUUAGAACGGAGACAAUUGUUACGGGAAAAGUACUUUUUCGAGUGUCGUUGUCCGCGGUGUGGGAAUGAUCAAAGUUGUGAAAAGUCCGAUGGAUUGUCGGAUCAAGAUCAAGGAGAUAGCGAUGAUGUUUCAAAGGUCAAACAAUCAGGCUUCCGGAUCCUGGAUGAUUUAAUCGAGGGGAACGACGAUGGGCCAGAGCGAGGGAAGAAUAAAGUAAGUGGAGAGUGGCUUACAGAGCAGUUUAAACCCAUCGUCUUACCCGGAGCACGAUUUCUACAAGUCCCGGCCCCAACUCUUCAACCUCCAUCGAUCUUCACGCGAGCAACGUUUACAAGUUAUGUCCUUCACUCUCUGGUACCCCUGAUCCAGACAGGGGUCUCGGAACGGGAGUACACAUCCAAGCUUUUUGAGGUUUAUCAAACGCUUCAGACCACACAGCACAGUCAUCCGAAGCCAUUUACGACAACUGUGAUGACGAACGCAACGUCAUUCUUUAAUACCUGUCUCGAACAUCAGUCCUGGACCUUGGCAUCUAAGAUUGGAGCAUUCAUCUUGGCGCUCUAUUUGAUGAUCUAUCCAAGACAUCAUCCCUUGGUGGGCUUACACUGUUUCACACUUGCCAAAAGUCUGUGGAAUGACAUAGAGGGUGGAUUGACUUCUGUGCGACUCUCGCAUGAGAUACUGAGGUUGUCUUUAAAUAUUCUUAAAGUUUCGCAUGGUAACAAAGGAGAUAAUGGAUCCUUGGUGCAAGAAGUGAUCGAUUUUAUGAAGACUGUGGAUUUAGAACUCGGGUCCUGAAAAAUAUGCAUCUCUCUUUUUUUUCCCCCUUUUUUUUCAAGGUCUCAAUAAACGCCAUGAG